GUCCUUCAAGUGAGUAAGCGAAGAGGAGAGAGUAACUUUGCGGUUAACUGAACAAUUCAAGACCCCUGUAUUUCUUAAAAUGAGGCCUUUAACARCCAAAUAAUCACUCGUUCGACAACGAUACUUGAAAUUUGUGGUCUGGGGAAGGAAGGGUUUCUAAAUGUCUUAGAAAGAAUGGAGGCUAUUGCGUCUAAAUUGAAGCCAAUCUUCGACGCAUGCGAUGAAAAUGGCGAUGGUUUUGUCAAGACACGGGAUUUGAUCAAGCUCUCUGGCCUGGGUAGUCAGCAAUCUAAUGAGGAAAUCAAGACAUUACUUCACAAGUUAGAUCCCGAUGGAGUAGGGAAGAUAACAUUCCAAGAUUUCUGCCGCAGAUUUCACGAUUCUUUAGGUGCCGAUGGUGAGCAUUUGACUUUUAACGAAGGAGAAAAAAGAGGUUCACAAGAUUCAGACCAGUUGGAAGAUAGUUGUUUUGAGGCUGACAGUAGUUACAGUACAGCCUCAACUAAUGACUACAAUGGAGAUGAUGAUGAAGCCUUCCAAGAUGUUGAUCCCAAUAAUUCAAGCUUUCGACGUAACCAAAAGCAAUAUUCUACAUACCCACCACCCACUGAACCCAGAACCAAACAUCGUUCACAUCCACCUCGCCUGUGCAUUGACAAUUCCUUUUCUGACUGUACCAGUGAGUAUCAAAGCGAAGAAGGAUAUGAAGGGUUUGGGGAGAGCUUAAGUGAAGAAAGUACACUCCAAGGCAGUCAGAAUCUAAAGGAACUUACAACAGGACUUAGAUGCCAACUUCAUAAGUCAUUUAGCAGCAAUAGUUUACCAUACAGAAGAAGAAUAUCUGCUAAUCAUGCUGCACUAUUAUCAAGCCCACGAAUACAAUAUCAAUCUCUGUCAGCGAACGUAAGCCGGUGGAAUAGCAUGGAAGACAUGUAUAGCAGUGAYGGAGGUGGUCCAAUGUCUGAUACUGAGGCUGGCAAUAAUUCUUUCUUAUAUAAUGAGAUAAGACGACUAUCCUCCCAAGUAUCAGUCCUUCUUGAAAAUCAUAAAUUACAGACAAAUAAACAACACAGAUUCAAAGAAGAUAAUAAUGAUCUUAGUAUGAGAAUUAAUGCCCUUGAGGACCAACUAGAACGACAACACGAAAGCACUGGAGAAAAAGUCCAAGAAGAAAGUAGAAAAUAUAAAUCUGCUCUUACUAAACUUGAAAAAGAAAAUGAGGAAUAUUUAACUACUCUUACUUCAAAGUUAAGACAAGCAGAAGAAGAGAUUGAUAAAUUAAAAACCUUUGAACCAAUGCUUCGRAAGGAGCUUGAUGCAUGUCAGGAGGACAAAAGGAAAUUGGCAAACCAAGUAGAUCAGUUAGAAAAUGCUUUACAAUCUAAGACAGAUGAAGUGGAAAAUUUAAAGAAAAAAUUAGAACUUCAAGCAGAAGUAGCAUUGGAAGAAAGACAUCGACAUGAAGAGGAAGUACACACAUUARCCAAUCAACUGGUGGAAUUGGAAAAAUUUAAUUCUGAAGCAAAAGUUAAAUUAAAGGAUGUUCUGGACCUUGAACAUAAAUCAACUGAGUUAGAAGAACGAGUACAACAGUUAACAAGGGAAAACAACAACUUGAAGAGUGCCAAAGAUGAGCUCAAGGUACAAUUAGCUCAGAAUGGAACAUACGUUAUGCAUGAACAGACAAGAUCCCUUGCAGAUGAACUCCAAUCAGCAAACAAAGACAAAGUAAUUGAUGCCCUUCGAGAUCAAGAAGAAGAAAGCAGACGACUUCGUGGGUACCUUGACAGUUUGUUAAUGAUAAUAAUGGAACAUAAUCCAGCACUUUUAGAAAUYACUUAGCUUGUAACUUUCCUUGUGAAAGUUUUUAAUUUGUAUAGAAAAAAUAAGUUCCUACACAAUCAGCAUUUUGUUUAAAUUUGAUCUUAUUAGCAAGUGACACAGUGUUUUAAAAUGGCUGUUCUUAUCAUGAGGGAUUGUCACAUGAUGUAUGAUAGUAGCAGGCAGGGUAUUCUCUCCAUUUCCACAGARGAAAAGGGAUUUCCUGUCGUUCUCUGCUCAAUGUUAACCUUACUCAGGAAACAUUGAUUAGAAUAAGUCUUAUACAGMUGUGGUGAGAACUGCAACAUUUUUGUUGGUAAAAAAGUGUCUUUUAUAUUAUGAACAUUAUUUGACCAGAUCUUGGGGAACUUACUUUUAAUGAAUCAAUUUACAUUCUGUUUAUUUGAUGAUCACAGUAGGAAAAAAGUAAAAAAGUGGCUUUUAUAUCAACAUUAUGUGACCAGAUCUUGGGGAACUUAUUKUAAUGAUUUAACCAAAGUAGGGUUGAUCAGAUAUUUCAUUGUUGAACACGAACAAGUUCAGAUAACAUCAUCUGGUACUUGACGUAUAUAUGUUUUGGUUCUAGAUCUUGGUGGUUUUUUUAAUCAACCUGAUUCUAUGUUCGAAGGAUUUCUUUACAUCAGUUUAAAUGUYUGACAUGGCGUAAUCAACAUAACAAAGAUUAAAACAAAUGAGAAAUCUUUUGUUGAAGGACACUGUUAAGACAUCAAAAUGCAAUUGAAUAAUGAAUUGGAUGARCAGAUCAUUCUGAUUCUUGACUAAAGAUAGUUGGUCAGAGUUUAAAAAAUUCAAAAAAUAAUUAAGGUUUUGUUUAAUUAAGCUCUUGCAAUGGUUAAUGAACCAGUAAAUACAACUGGCUUAAACUUCAAGCAAUGAGGUUGUAUAUUUUAGAUAGGCUAUGCUGGCAAUAGUCGAGUUUCAUCAGAUACUAACCUAGAUUGAUUAGGAUAAGCAACCUAGAUAUGAGAGAAAUUCAUAAUAAUUCGUUUUAUCAACCAUAGAUUUAAUAAAUAUGAUCCGAGCUUUCAGCCUACUCAUCCAUCCUAUGCCAUUGUUUGAUCGCGUUUUUCUUUGUCAAUUGUAACGUUUUUUCAUUUCCCUGAGGAUGGCUGAGUAGGCUGAAAGCUCGGAUCAUAUUUAUUAAAUCUAUGAUCGAUAAAACAAAUUAUUAUGAAUUUAACAACAAUGAACAAGGAAUUAUUUGAAGAGAGAAAUUGUCAAUAAAAGAGAUUUUUGGUAAUGUGAAAAAUAUAGAAUUUAGGGAAACGACAUCAAUACCUUGACAACACUUUUGUAUGUUAAAUUUCGUGUGGCUAAAAAAUCAAUAGAUUUUCUAUAUUCAAGAUUCUUAUAAUUAUUUAUAACAUGGCAGAAGACAGAAUAAUACUGUUUGGACCCAUGAAUGAUGUAAAGAGUAUAGAUCAAAUAAUAGUCUACUGAGUGUUAAUGAAGAA